CGUCCACGCGUUUUCACGUCUUGUGUAAGCGCGUCUCGCAGGACGAAAAACCACGUGCAGGACGAAUUUCUUUUAUGGGAGGCGGCUGAAGAGAAUUCGUCAUGGACACCUUGUACACCGCUCGCCUGCAUGGCUUCCCCAACCUCAGUCGCAACAGCCUGGAGCCGACAGUCCUGACUGAAGAAAGCGUUUUAUCCUUGCUCAUUGUCCUCGGCAGCAGCAUCUCCUUAGUCGGUCUCGUCUUCGCUUUCAUCACAUACAGUUUAUUUUCGGACCUACGCAAUCUGUCGGGAACGACGCUGAUGAAUUUGCUGGCGGCGCUGUUCAUGACGCAACUUCUUUAUGUUGUUGGAGUCGGAGGAGUGCCGGAUGCCGAGCUUUGCAUAGCUUUAGCCUUUUCACUACAAUACGUACGACUCUGCGUGCUGUGCUGGAUGUUGACGAUGGCACAUCACAUGCAUUCGCAGUUUAGGAUUAGUCUGCAUUUAAAUCCGAUCACGGACAAUGCAAUUGGAAAGCAUUUUUGUAGAUAUUCAGUGUUCGCCUGGGGUGUUCCAGGAAUACUUCUCGGCGCCAGCAUUAUGGUACAAUACCACGAUAAAGCCGGAAAACUGCUAGAUACUGCAAGUCUCAAGUCGCAAAAUUGCUGGUUUCUUGAUCGGAAUGCUUUCAUAUAUGGGUUAUUGGUUCCUUCCACCAUCUUCAUAUCAGUCACCUUAUACUAUUUGGUGAGAUCGGCUUUAGUAGCACGCUACGUUAUCAGUAUGCAAGUAGAUCGCAAGCUACGUGAUAAAAUGCGACGUAAGAGGAUGCUGCACAUUGCGCUUUUUGCCAAGAUAACCGUCUUGUUGGGCUUAGUGGUAACUCUGGGCGCUCUUAGCAAGUUAGCUAAAUCCGAGACGGCUUGGAUAGCUUACCACGUAGGACAAGGUCUUCAAGGCAUUUUCGUCGCCAUGUUGGUGACAUGCAACUGUCAAGUGUUAAAGCUCUACACUCGAAGUAUGAAAUCGAGAGCUUCGCGACAUAUACCAGUUUACGCAAGCAUGGGUCGUGCCUCCUCAACUGCUGGUGUUUCCAAAUCUACAAGUCUUCAGCUUCUAACGUGGGAACCAGCCCCUGAUCCAGUGUAAAAUGUAUUUUUAUUAGAGUCAUAUUGUUGAAAAAUAUAUCAGAAAGUCUAGUGUGGCGACAUCGAAUUUUAAUAAUGUAUCAUUUUCAAACACAUAUCAUAUUUGCGUGUUUCGUAACAAUGAUACUGAAUUAUUUUCAUAAAUCAAGUUUUCAAAGGCAGCAAAGUGUUAGUGGGUGCUGAAAUAAACACGAGUGGAAAAUCAACUUGCACCACUCUCCGAAAUAAUUGAUUAAAAUGAAACAAAGGAAUAAUAAAGAAUAUACGUACCAAAAUAAUGCAACUUAUGUUUUCAUUUCAAUCAUUGAUAAGGUUUUUGAGCUAAAUAUUCAUUUUUUUUAAUUUUUAUUCCAACAUAUUGUUAUUUCAUAAUUCUUUAAUUUUUGGAUGGAAAAAUUGUUCUUUAAAUAGAGCAAAAGAGUGAGCAUUUUGAUACCAGAAUCAGGAACGUUUGUAAACCAGCUUUCAGUUCCUAAUGCAUAAUUUAAUAAUGUAAAUACAUGAUAUGAAUUUGAUGCAUUUACAUGUGAAUACGAUAUACACAUUUUGAAACCCUACUGUUAAAGACUAACCUGGAAAAUGCCCAAAUACCGCAGUGUAUUUUACGUUAUUUGUCUUUUUAGUCACAACAGUAAAAAACGGAACACCCGCAGCCAUUGUCUUAACAAACAAAAAAAUGUUACAUUGUUUAAAAAAUCAAAAAUGCUAUAAUCCAUUUCAUUGAAAUUGGCAUAACAGUAGGCCAU